AUGGCAACUCAGUCAGCUAUCAAGCUACCCGUCAUUGAUCUUUUUGAUGACGAGUCCGAGCCUGGUACUGACUCUUGGAUCUCCAAAUGCGAAGAGGUCCAGCGAGCGUUUGAAGAAUAUGGAUGCUUCUUAGCAACAUAUGACAAAGUUUCCUUACAGCUUCAGGAUGAAGUCUUCGACUCUGUACGAGAAUUGUUCCACCUUCCAACAGAAAAGAAGGUUCUGAACACUUCUGAUAAACCUUACUUUGGUUACUUCAAGCAUCCAUCGAUUCCUCUUAGUGAAAGCAUGGGCAUUGAUAACCCAACGAUUCUUGAAGGAACUCAAAGUUUCACAAACCUCAUGUGGCCUAAUGGGAACCAAAUUUUCUGUGAAAGCAUAUAUGCAUACGCGAAGCUGGUGUCAGAAUUGGACCGAAUGGUGAAAACCAUGGUGUUUGAAAGCUACGGUGUAAGGAAGUACUACGAUUCCCACAUCCAAUCUACUAACUAUCUUCUUCGACUCAUCAAAUAUAGGGUACCCAGGGAGGAUGAAAACGACUUUGAUGGAUGUCCUCACACAGACAAGAGCUUCAUGACCAUACUUCAUGACAAUCACAUUGCAGGUCUACAGAUAAAAGCAAAGGAUGGCAACUGGAUCGGCGUUGAGCCCUCCGGUUCAAUGUUCGUGGUCAUGGCUGGCGAUGCAUUCUUGGCAUGGAGUAAUGGAAGAAUACAGUCUCCAACCCAUCGUGUGAUCAUGAAAGCUAAAAAGGAAAGAUAUUGCCUUGCUUUGUUCUCAUUUAGCGGAGAGACUAUACGAACGCCGGAGGAGCUUGUGGAUGAGGCUCAUCCAUUGCUGUUUAAGCCCUUUGAUAAUAUGGAUUUACUCCGCCUCUUUUCCCUUGAUGAUGUUCACCAACAUGCCAGGUCUUUUUCCCAGCCCAAAUGCGGAGCCUGA